CUAGCCAUCCCCUCCCUUAAAUUAUUGCAUUUAUGUAUUAAAUUUAUUAUGUUUGAAAAAUUGGGGAGGGGGCUUCCUAUCUAUCGUCAGUCGCGGGCACAUGUUGACUGAGCCAUAUUUGGGGAGAAGGGGCUUCUGGAAGCUGUUUGCAGAGUUUCUGGCUGGGCCUUAUCUUGAUUUCUCCAAACCACCAUGCCUGGUGAGAGUGACUGCAAGGACAAGGGACUUGAGAAAACCGAGAAGGAUGGUGCUCCUGAGUUUGUUGUUCGAACCCGCAAAAGAAAAGCGGACGUCGUCGUAUUUUUACAAGAUCCAGAUGAAGAUACUUCCGGCAUAAACGCAACCAACAGGAAAUCAAAUGAAAGUCAGUCAAAUUAUGCUGCGUGUCCUUAUUCACACUUGCUGAUCCCGACACCAGAGAAAGAUGAAGAACUGGAGAAUGCAAACUUUGCAGCUUCUAAGCAUCAAAGGCUGGUUUCGGCUAAGGAGACACCCUUGCCUGUUUUGGGUUGGGCAAAUAGAGAUGAACUAUGGCAAAACAUGCUCAAUAAGGAACAGAAGUACGCAAGAGAUAAACUUUAUAUGGAAAAGCAUCCACUCUUGGAACCUAAAAUGCGAGUGAUUCUCCUAGAUUGGCUGAUGGAGGUUUGUGAGGUCCACAGGCUUCACAGGGAGACGUUUUAUUUGGCUCAGGAUUUCUUCGAUCGGUUUAUGUCAACACAACAGAAUGUUGUUAAGACGCUCCUUCAGCUGAUUGGGAUAACGUCUUUAUUUAUCGCUGCUAAAUUGGAGGAGAUCUACCCACCAAAGCUUCAUCAGUUUGCCUAUGUCACCGAUGGUGCUUGCACAGAAGAUGACAUUAUUAGCAUGGAACUCAUUAUUAUGAAGGCGCUGAAUUGGAAUCUGAGUCCCCUGACGACCGUGUCCUGGCUAAAUAUAUACAUGCAGGUUGCAUAUCUAAAUGAGAUUUGUGAAAUGUUGCUGCCCCAGUAUUCUCAAGAGAUAUUCGUGCAAGUUGCAGAGCUCUUGGACCUGUGUGUCCUUGAUGUGGGCUGCUUGGAGUACACGUAUGGUGUCCUGGCUGCUUCGGCGUUGUAUCAUUUCUCCUCUCGCGAGUUGAUGCAGCGGGUUUCGGGAUACGAACUGAGCGACAUUGAGGAGUGUGUGAAAUGGAUGGUCCCCUUUGCAAUGGCUAUCAAGGAAGUUGGGAGUUCGGUGCUGAAGCACUUUAGAGGAGUCCCUGCUGAAGAUUUGCACAAUAUACAAACGCACAUAAACACCUUCGACUUGCUGGACAAAGCUCGAGCCAAACAAGCUAUGUUAGCUGAGAAAAACAGGCGUUCGCCUUUGCCCACAGGUGUCCUCACCCCACCUCAGAGCAGCAAGAAACUCUCUCGGACCUCAAAAUAGCUAAAGCUGCUACGGAAGCUGCUCCUUCUCCUGAUCGGCUGCUUUUUUUAAAACACACAACUCCCUUGUUCUGUGUUUUUAUUUUCACAAUUCUGCAUUAUUAUUAUUAUUUUUGCCCGAUGCUGCCAAUGACUCCCGAUGAAUGCUAGAAUGGGGAAGGGGAGGAAAAAAUAUUUUAUGUAUUUUUAUGGAAGAAACUGACCAGAUUUGAAAGUUGGUUUUCCUUUUUCCUUUCCUUUCCUUUUUUUAAUGGAAUGUCUGUCUUGAAAUGAACUCUUCGUAUAUACCAGGCACCUCAAACAGGGAUGUGCUUGGAUUGCUGCUAAGGGAAGAGUUAUUUUGGAUGUGCUGAUCCGAAAAAUAAAAAAAGAGGUUUUGCCCCCACUGGUGCUGGGAAGACCCAACAAUGCGCUGGUUGCAAUUAGCCAUGGAAGGAAAAAAACCUCUUCGUAGAUUUGAGUUUACAGCCUGAUUUUUUUUUUAAAAAAAAAAUCCUUUGUAAAUGCUCUUAUGUAUCUCUAAUUUUUUUUUUUAAAUAAA